AUGAAGGGUUGGAAGGAGAAGUUGCCCUCUCAAGCUGGCAAAGAGAUCAUGAUCAAGGCUGUCAUAGAAUCGACACCGGCCUAUUCCAUGAGUGUGUUUAGACUACCUACUAUCUUGUGCAAGGAUAUUGAGACCAUGAUUAGGAAAUUUUGGUUGGGGCAAGAAGAGAAGAAGAAAAUUCAUUGGGUGAAAUGGAGCUCAUUGUGUUCCUCAAAAUCAGUUGGUGGCAUGGGGUUUAGGGAUUUUCAGCACUUCAACAACGCUUUAUUGGCUAAGCAAGUGUGGCGGCUCUUUCACCAAAAAGAUACCCUUCUCUAUAGGGUAUUCAAAUCGAAGUUCUUCCUAAGUAGGAGCAUCUUUGAUGCUGCUGUACCCGCAAAAUGCUCCUACGCUUGGCAAAGCAUACUGCAGGCUAGGGGGGUUAUUUAG